AGUUUCUAGGCCCUGCACGUAAUCGCGUGUCCACGCACGGUGAACGCUAGCACUCGUUUGCUAGACGGCCGGCUAGCAAAACGAGUCGAUUUCUCCUGGUGCGCGAUAUCGCGGUAAGAGGUGGAGGAGACGUUACUCGUCGAGAAAUUGGAGGGUAUUGUCGAAGGCACCGGUUACGAGGGGACCUUGUGGUAGUUAGACAGGAAACGAUAGGAACGAGAUAGAAUAGGCGAGAAGACGGAAAGGAGAAAAGAAGAAAAGAAGGAAAGAAAGAACGGUGGAAGAAGAGGAAGAGAGACGGAAAUAAAGAAGAACGAAAGGUAGCCAGAGUGUACAGGACACACGAGGAGAGAGACGACAGGGCGAGAGAAAGACACACACGAAGCGCGUUAGAGUGCGUGAUCCAAAAUGGCGCUGAACCAGGACGUGGACCAGUUGUCGAAGAGUAAUCUCGUGGUAAGGAUCGAUCAAAACUCCGAAUCGGAUCUACAGGCGCUAUUCGACAGCGUCCUGAAGCCAGACUCGAAGCGUCCGCUGCAAGUACCAUUGCGCAUGCGCAAUCUACCAGAUUCCUUCUUUAAUCCACCGUCGACGGGUAGCAAAAGUCCCUCGAUCUCGCAUUCCCGGGAGAAUUCGGCAGAUUCGGCGUUCGGUACAGCAGCCGCGGCCGCAGCGGCAGCGGUCGGCGGCGGUGGGCCAACACCCGGUGGAAACGCGACUGGUACACCGGCUACCGGAGCAGCAGGUGCGGCUACUGGUGGAAGUGGAAAUAGCGCUGGUAGCGGAUCAAACGCCGCAGGUGCGGCCGCGGCUGGCCUUACCGUAGCUCAUCCUCGCGCCCACAGCAGCCCGGCUUCUCUUCAGCAAACCUACGCCUCGGCUCAGCAGGCGCCUCAGCACGCGCCUCAACCGCACGCGCGUCACCAUCAUCACCAGAAGCAACGCAGCUACGACGUCAUCAGUACGGUCGACGACCUAGGUCCCCUGCCGCAUGGAUGGGAACAGGCGCGCACCCCCGAGGGACAAAUCUACUUCCUCAACCACCUGACGCGAACCACGACAUGGGAAGAUCCACGAAAAACAGCGGCGGCAGCGAACGUGGCGGCUGUGGCCGCCGCCGUCGACAAUGGAAAAUCCUCGACCGGCGCUACCAAUUCUCUAGGUCCAUUGCCCGACGGAUGGGAACAAGCGCGUACUCCCGAAGGAGAAAUCUACUUCAUUAAUCAUCAGACACGCACCACUUCGUGGUUCGAUCCAAGAAUCCCCACUCAUCUUCAAAGGGCCCCAACCUCGGGUGCGAUGUUACCGCAAAAUUGGCUUCAACAGCAACAACCUACAGGUGGUGGUAUUCAGAAUAAUCAAACAUUGCAAGCGUGUCAACAGAAACUUCGCCUCCAGUCGCUACAAAUGGAACGCGAGCGUCUCAAACAACGGCAACAGGAAAUUAUACGUCAGCAAGAGCUAAUGCUUCGACAAAGCACUACCGAUGCCGCUAUGGACCCAUUUUUAUCGGGAAUCAACGAGCAACACGCACGCCAGGAAAGCGCGGACAGUGGUCUGGGCCUUGGUUCUGCUUAUUCCCUUCCUCACACACCGGAAGAUUUUCUUGCAAAUAUCGACGAUAAUAUGGAUGGUACAAGCGAUGGUGGCGCACCCAUGGAGACCCCGGAUCUUUCUACUCUGAGCGAUAAUAUCGAUUCGACCGAUGAUCUUGUUCCAUCGUUACAGCUGAGCGAAGAUUUUAGUAGCGAUAUUUUGGACGAUGUGCAAUCGUUGAUAAACCCUAAUACGACAAAACCUGAAAACGUGCUGACGUGGCUGUAGUAUGGAGGAGGAAAUUGUCUAUGACAGGCAAGCAAUUUAUGAAAUUGAUUCGUUACAAAAAAAAAAAAAAAAAAAAAAAAAGAAAAAAAGAAAAAAAAAUUGCAAUUUCAAUACGUCUAAACCGAAUGGAAUGAUUCUAGAGGAUCUUACCAAUAAAGUAACGACUAUUCCAUAGAAAAGAAGAAAAAAAAGAAAAAAAGAACGCACGUGAACGAGAAAAAAAUUUAAAGUUUAAGUAGAAAUGGAGCCUUAAUUACAACGCGUUAUGCUCAACGUAUAUACGAACGUGUAUACAGCAACAUUCGCAGGGUGCCCUAGAAAUGUUGACAAUCAUGCGGACGAUCGUACUUUUUAUUGAAUUCUAUACCGUGAAUUUCUUGUUAUUUGACGCGUUUGUUGAA